AUGACCGAGAAUGCCACCCGCCCAUUGAACGGUAUGGGUACAAAUCCCGCACGUCGUACAGUCGACUUUCAUCCCGAAAGCACGGUCAAAGUCCUCCCUAUCCACCCCAAGGGUGUGAACGGAAACGGUGCCCUGGACGACUCCGACAGCGCCUCCGUCUCCUCAGAAACACACGAAGCGAUUGCUACUGGGAAACCCAAGCGGCCGAUAAUGGCUCGCAAGGCCUCUUCGCCUAUGGCGCCUACCUUUAUGGUGUCCGCGCCGGGCAAGGUUAUCGUCUUUGGCGAGCAUGCUGUGGUCCACGGCAAGUCUGCUAUGGCCGCGGCCAUCUCUCUUCGCUCCUACCUUCUUGUCACCACCCUCUCUAAAUCACAGCGCACGAUAACGUUAAACUUCCGGGAUUUGGGUCUUAGUCACACUUGGGAUAUCGACACCCUACCUUGGGACAAGUUCCACGAGCCCUCAAAAAAGAAGUUUUACUACAGCCUUGUCACCGAACUCGACCCGGAACUUGUCGAUGCAAUUGAACCACACCUCCAGGGCGUCUCUAAGGGCCUCCCAGAGGAGCAGCGCAACAUCCAUAUCCGCUCCGCAUCCUCAUUCCUCUACCUCUUCCUCUCCCUAGGCUCCCCACAAAGCCCAGGCGCUAUUUACACCCUUCGAUCCACUAUCCCUACCGGAGCCGGCCUAGGAAGUAGUGCUAGUGUUUGCGUCUGUCUUAGCUCCGCGCUACUUCUUCAAAUCCGUACACUCGCCGGUCCCCAUCCAGAUCAGCCACCGGAGGAAGCAGAGACACAAAUUGAGCGUAUCAACCGCUGGGCCUUCGUGGGGGAGCUUUGUAUACAUGGCAAUCCUAGCGGGGUAGACAACACGGUAGCCGCGGGCGGCAAGGCUGUGAUUUUCCGACGCGACGAUUACUCGAAACCUCCGACGGUCACCUCGCUACCUAAUUUCCCCGAACUUCCUCUCCUACUUGUCAACACCCAACAAGCGCGUUCCACAAAGACAGAGGUCGACAAAGUCGGUGCUUUAAGAGACGCCCAUCCUAUUGUGACGGAGUCAAUCCUUAACGGCAUCGAUCAAGUCACCUGCUCUGCACAACGUUUAAUCCAGGACCCUAGUUUGAAGGACCCUGGUUUUAAGGGUAUCAGUGAGGCCACCCUCGCCCACAUCGGAACCCUAAUCCGGAUCAACCACGGUUUCCUUGUCUCGCUAGGCGUUUCUCACCCCCGUCUUGAACGCAUUCGUGAACUUGUCGAUUACGCCGACAUUGGCUGGACAAAGCUGACCGGUGCAGGUGGUGGCGGGUGUGCUAUUACCCUCCUCCGGCCUAAUGCAAAUGCGGAAGUCAAGCAGGACCUCGAACAAAAGUUCGAUCAGGAGGGUUUCACUACGUACGAGGUAACCCUUGGCGGUGACGGUGUUGGUGUUCUCUACCCGGCCGUCCUACGCAAUGGCUCGGAUGAAGAGGGCGGCGAGGAGAUCGAUCAACAGAAGUUCGAAAAUGCCGAGGGCCCCGAAGGCAUUGAGCGUCUUGUUGGUGUUGGAGUAGAGGAGAGGAGAGAGGGCUGGAAGUUCUGGAAGCGAGCUAUCAACUAA